AUAUUGAAAAAACGCACUAAGUUAUGCUUCUUGUUAUAACAAAAAGAAAAAAUAAAAGAAUAUUAUUAACAAAUUGAUGUUUUUUCGUGUGAAAUACUGAAUUGUCAUUGUUUUUGGCAAGUGCAUCCAUUUCAGAAGGCAAAUCGUUUUACAAAAUAGUUUACGAUAAAUUAAAAUCCACAAGAUGGAUGUUAAAAAGAAAAUACGGAAAGUUGCUCCUCCUUCGUCCAGCUCAUCAAGUGACUCGGACUCUUCAAGUUCAAGCUCCUCAGAAGAAGCAAGAAGAAAACAAAAACGCCGCAAUAUAAGAAAGCAGCAACGUGAGACAAGCAGCUCAAGUGAAGAGGAAACAGUAAAAAAGUCACAUAAGCAACAUUCACAUAAGAAAUCUUCAGCUCGUAAGCAUUCGCAUGCAGCGAAAAUUCGAGUGAAGAUGGUUCAAGGAAGUGGAAAGAAGGCUUCACGAAGUAUGUCGCCAGCAACUCGUGCAGCUCAUAAACAACAUCUGAAAGCUAAAUUAGCAGCAAAGAAAGCAAAAUUGGAACAAUUGGAAGAGCACGAAGGACGUUCAAGAAGAGAUGUUAAGAAAGAUCGCACACCAGACCAUCGCAUUUCUUCUCCAACAACAAGAAUUCGUGUAAGUGUCCCAAAUAAUCGCGCUGUUAAAGAAAGAAGCCUUGUCAAAGGUUUAAAAGAUUCCCCAUCAAGCAAUCGACGACACAGAGAACCAGCUGGAGAAAAAGAAAGAGCUGAGAUCCUUGCACGAUGUCAGGAACGUCAAAGAGAACGAGAAAGACUAAGAAGAAUACAAGAAGAAGAAGAGCGCUACAAACACGCAAUGUCUCGUUCAUCUGAACGUCCACGAAUUCUUCCCACAUCAGAGAAACAUCAUCUGGCACGAAGUCGAUCUCGAUCACGAGGAAAAAUUCCCAUUCGAGAACGUUUAGAUAAGGAUUAUGAAUAUCAUCGAUCAAUAUCACGUGAACAUGAAGAUUAUCAGAUAAUACGUCCAAUUGUGCGUGAUCCAAUCGUCACUUCAUAUGCUCGUGAACGACCAACGCUUCGAGAUGAACCAGAAAGAAGUUUUGAUUAUCGGACCGAUGACAGACGAAUGGCAAGUCAUGAUUUUCAAAGUCAUCCGUCUCGUUCAUCUUUUCCUGAGGACCGUGGUGAACGACAUCAUCGACCAUCAAAUUGGGAGACAAAUGAAAGAGAAAUUGAACCGAGAGGAAAUCGAAUGUACGAAAGUCGUGAAUGGGAAUCAGCAGCACAUUCGAAACGUAUUCCUGAAGAGCCUUACAAAGAUCAUCGUGAUCGUUCUUCAUCUUCUUAUAAUGAUCAACAACAUGAUAAAUGGACAAAGGAAAAAGAACCAAAAGAAUGGACAAGAAGUUGGAAAGAUCCAACGAUGAAUGUUCAUCAUGGAACGUCGUCAUCAGCUCAAUCCACAAUGCCACAUCCAAGACGAUGGCCUAGUUCAAGUCAUUCGGAAGUUUGGAGACCUCGUGGUGUUCAUCCAAGUUCACAUAAACUUGACAAUUCUUCACCAUCGUCGGGUCCACCAUUUAAGCCGAGAUAUCCUGGCCCUGGUUCGACACCACAUUUUGGCUUCAAACGAUUUCCGUUCAAACGUUUUCCCAAUCAAUACUCGAAAAUUAAUUAUCCUUCAAAGCCAAUGAUACCAAACGCUCAAGCGACGUCAUCGUCGUCAUCGUCGAUUGUAAAAAUGUCAAUAAAAACUUCUGACAAUUCAUCUGACAGUCCAAUGAAGAAUGAAAUCGAUCAUUUACCUUUAACGCCAGGAAAGAUUGUUGAAGCAACAGAAAGUGGAGAAAUUACAACAGAACCUGAAGAAGAUAAGGUCGAAGCUGACACAACCUUCAGUGGCAACAUCGAAACUCAAUCACAAGAAGAAUGUGAAGGAAAUUUAAGUGAAUUCAGUGACGUUGACGAUGAGAUUUUAAAUCGUGAAGAAAUUGAUGAUGUGCCAUCACGAACAAUUGACGGUCGUGCAUCGUCAUCUCAUCUUUCGCUUCGACAGCCAAGUAAUGCUCAUGUAAAUAAUCGAAUUUUCAGUCCAUUUUCAAGUGAUUAUUAUUGUAUUUAUGGUUUAUUGCCACGAAACACAGAAGAUGAUGAGCGACGAGAACUCGCUCGUGGUGCAGUAGCAGAAUUAAACACAACAAACGAAGGUCAGAAUGGCGAUCAGAAUGCGAUGAAAAUUAUUAGCAAAAUUCAUGCGAACAAAGAGUUGAAGAAGGAAAUGGAUUUGGAUUUUGAGGAGAUUUCUGAUGGUGAACUUGAGGAAGAAUCGCGAAUCAAAGGACUUGGUGAUGCACUUGGGGUUGAUUGGGCGAGUUUAGCAAAAGAAACCCAACGACCGAUUAAACAAGAACAUGACGGGCUUAUGGACUCAACCAAAUCACGUUGGACAUCGCAUCGAAUUCUUUGGGAUAUCGGAGUGUCAGCAAAACUUGCUGGCGAAGAUUUUGCAAGAAAAGUUCUCACAGAAGCACGAUAUGAAUUGCGAAAAGAAAAGCAAGAAAGGAAAUUGAAACUCGAGCAGUUGAAGGUUGAUGAAGUUAAAAGUGAUUUAAUGAAUGGUGAUGUGAAAGUUGAGGCUUCAGAAUGCGAUGAAGUAAAGAUAAAAAUAGAACCGAAAGAAGAGACAACAGAUGAACAUGUGAAAUCAGAAAUUAAGGCUGUAGACGAGUCAGAAGAUGACUUUGAACUUGACGAUGAUGUUCUUAUCCAUCCACUUGCUCAAAUGCAAAUUCUCAUGCGCAAACUUCAAAAGAAACGAAAGAAUUUGAUUCUCCUUUCAACUGGUAAAUAUGGACGCGCAUUGUCAGCACGAAAAGAUCUGAAAAUUCGUCGUCAAUUAUGCAAUCUGCCAUCUUCCGAUUUUAAAAUUGACCGCAGCUGCAUUGUAAACUCAGAAAUAAGCAAAAAUGUUGAAGGAAUUUAUCGCGAGGUUAUUGGCGAAGUCAGUUAGAAGCAUUAGAGAAUGAAAACAGUUUUUAAGGCUUAGAAAUUUUUAAAUAUAUUUGUAAACAUAGAAAAAGAAUAAAUAAUAAAAACGAUGAUUAAAGCAAUUACGAUUAUGAUAACUGAGCGUUUUCUUUU